UCUCCUUCUCCUUCUCCCUCUAUUACCAUCUCUCCCCCUCUUUCCCUCUCCGUCUAUAUAUCCAUCUCUCUGUGCAUGCUUUAAUGUCUGGGUCCCCCAUCUCUCUCUCUGAUAUUUUUUUUUCUUGGAAUGAGGUGUCUUUUGAUUUUUGGGUUCUGGAAUAGAAAAAUGGAGGAGAACACAUUCUCUGGGCUUGCUUUUAUAGAUUCUUGAUUGGGUUUGGAUCUAAUUCCUUUGGCUUUUGGAUUCUUGGGAAAAAAACUACUUUUGCAAAAACCGAAAGAGGAAAAAACCCACCUUUAUUUUAAAUUUGUUUUGUUCCUUUGUGGUUUGUGGGGGAAAGGUAGAAUGCAUGGUUCUUGAUGGGUUUUGGACCCCAUGCUUUUGUUUUUUUGUGCUGUAGGAAAGACACCCAGUUUUUUGAUAGAUUAUAAAGAAAAAAGGAAGAAAAGAAAACCCACCUUUUUCUGUUGGCUUUGGAUUUUAUUGUUGGGAGGAAAGAAGAAGUUAAUGAUUCUUGGUAGAGUUUGGAUUGUGCUUUUGUUGGUUUUUGGGUUGUAAGUAGAACCCACUUUUGAUUUGAAAAAAGGGAGAGAAAUAUCAUUUUUUUUUCUUUGUUCUUUUCUUUUUAUUUGGCUGAGGAAGAGCUUUGAUUUGUGAUGGAGAAAGGGGGAGAGAGCCCAUGAAUUAUUGUGAAAUUUGAGCUUCAUUGAUUUGUUUUUGAUUCAGCUUCCGAGGACAAGAUCGCCGCUUCGGCAGUUUGUUUUACGGUGGGCCAUUCGCCUUUCGUUGAUGGAAGGGAGGUUGUUUCUUGCUGACAUUACAUGACGAUGGAUGUAUGAAGCAUAACUAUAAAUGGUUAAGGGGGAGCGCUGGAGCAGUUCCUUAUUUGUAAAACUUCCAAGGGAAUGACUGGAUUUCAUGGAGAGCUGCUGUUUCAAGGAAGUGUGAGGCUAUGCAUGAAUAUUAGUAGGGGUUGUACUUGGCUGAUGUGCUGAAUUUUUAUAGCAUCCUUGACAAUGGAGAACAAUAUAUUUAAUGCCCCACUAACGAUCAUGGACCGAAAUCCUAUGGUCAUUGAUGCUACAACGUCACACAUAUUUCCAGCUUCGCUUUUUCCUACAGAUGGAGGUGAUCCCAACAACCAAAGACCAAUAAUGUCUGGGUAUCCUUUAUUUUCCACCUUGCACGCAGAAUCUGUAGGCGAUCUUCAUAUGACGAUCCAUGGUGGUUUGGGCGAUGCCGAGACAUCAGCUUCUAGAAGUAUGCCACUUGGCAGACAAGCAAUGCGUAACACUUCAGUCAACAGUUCUAUUGACAGCACCGAAAUGCGGGAGCAUUUCAUGGGACCUUCCAUACCUGCCACUCCACUUUCCAACCUCUUGGCUGCAAGCACUGGGUCGCUGGAAAAUCUUGUCGGCCUCCCUAUGUCCGCCACAUCGGCAUCACUGUAUGAGGAUUUGAGGACCUUUGUUUCAAGUGGUGGCUGUAAUGCUCCGAGUUUGUCACUUUCAGCCUCUGUAAAUCUUGGAUAUGAUGGUAGGCAGGGUGAUAUCGAGUCUCCUGGGAAGGCUCCUAUGGGCAUGGUUUGCCAAUCAUAUCACGUCAUAGGUGGAUCGCAACCGGAAUGGAUUCCAAACAAAUCUAGCAUGAGCGGUAGUCAGCCGUACAGCUACUGUGUACCCAGUAAUGAAUUGUCUUUGAGUCUUGCUACAUGCCAGCCUUCUAUUUUUAACCUGCCAGCCGUCCCCGACCAAUGCUCCGAAAUAAGCUGUUCUGGAGUAACCCAAGUCACGUCAAAAGGGAAUGGAUGCACAGAUGCUUGUCCUCGUGUGUUUCAGUAUCCUCUUCAGGAUGUCGGUUUGGGAAUGGGAUUGGGAUUGGAACAACCUCCAACUAACCGUAAGGAGCUUUCUCUAGAUUGUGGUUCUUAUAGACCGUUUCAGUUCUCACAUAUACUGUUAGGAUCGAAAUAUCUCCAUGUUGCCCAACAAAUACUUGCGGAAGUUGCAAGCUAUGCGCUAGAAAAGCUCGAUGUGUUGAGUAGUUCACUGGAUGGAAUCCGGAGUGAGGUGAAUAUGUCAUUUUCCUCAAGUUGCUCUGGUGAUAGAAGGGUUUCAUUGAUUGGUUCUGAUGGAUUGCCCGUCUCUGCUGGAGAAAUCAAAUCUCAGGAUCAGAUGAAUCUCACGCUGCCAAGAUGGGAACUUGAAACCAAGAAAGCGGAACUGUUAGCUAUGCUGCAAGUGAUUGACCGCAGAUACAACCAGUGCUUAGAUCAGGUCCAAUCAGUCAUAUCUGCAUUCCAUGUUGCAACUGAGUCGGACCCUCGAAUGCAUGCUCGUUUUGCCCUUCAGUCAAUAUCUGCCCUAUAUAAAAAUCUUAGGGAGCAAAUCACCAAUCAAAUAAUUUUGACUGGAGAAAGCCUCGGGAUCGACUGUGUGAAAGAAAAAGAGAGGUCGUCGGAAUCAUCCUUCAUUGAAAAGCAAUGGGCCUUGCAGCAGCUGAGGAGAAACGACCCGCAAUUGUGGAGACCACAAAGAGGCUUGCCGGAAAAAUCCGUUUCGGUUUUACGUGCAUGGAUGUUUCAAAACUUCCUCCACCCGUACCCAAAAGAUGCGGAGAAGCAUUUACUUGCGAUGCGAAGCGGGUUGACAAGGAAUCAGGUAUCGAACUGGUUUAUCAAUGCACGGGUCCGUCUCUGGAAACCAAUGAUCGAAGAGAUGUGCUCGGAGAUCCACAAAAAGGGUCGAGCUGAAGAAGAGACCAUCACCAACCAUAGAAGCCAAGGAAACAACAAUGAUCAAAGAAUCCGAAUGGACUGAAAUGCCUCUGGAUUCAUGUAACAUAUGAUCAAAAGCUCUGAUCCUACACUUAUUGGCCAAUUUCCAUUGAGGUCCAUCCAGCCACAGGUGUAUGGUUAGCUUUCUUUCAAUUGCCUUUCCAUGCUUUUUUGGAUACAAUCACGAGAUGGGUUUUAGUUAGGUUGUUAUUUUGGGUUUGUCCAAUGUCAAUGAAAAGAUCCAAAUCGCAAGAUGGUAAAUACGGGUCAUUUGAUUUUUAAGUGGGAAGAAGUUCAGGACUGUAGUUAGAGAGAAUAUGUUAUUAAUACCGUUCCACAUGAAAAAUAUCAUCUGUUAGUAUAUAAAAUCAUCUGAAUUGCAAAUGGUGAAUUACUGUAA